UUCAAUAUGGCAGCAAUCAAUAUUCAAUUUUUGAUAUUUUCAUUUCUCCUAAUUGUGUUAAAUCAUAAGGCGUAUGCACAGAGUUGUAUACUGCCCGCUUAUCCAUCAUGCAUUGAGCAACUUGACGAAGGUAGAACUGGUCCAGGCUGUGUUCCAGGCUCUCAAUGGUACUAUAAUACCAUUUUGAGGCGGUGCCUAUUCUUUUCUUAUCGGGGUUGUGGUGGAAAUGCGAAUCGCUACUGUUCACUUGCUCUAUGUGAACGAUUUUGUCGGCCGCGACCGCCACGAGUAGUUGUUGGAUAA